UUAAUCAAUCUAUGUUUAGCAUUCGCUUUGUAAAGUUGUCAUCGGUCAAUGGCUAAUCAUUAAUCAAUUUAUAAAUUAAAGAAAAAUUGUAUUACGCUUUGAAAAGCCAUGAAUAAAAGCACGAAGUCUUCCAAACCUAAAGUACUGUUAAAAUAAUCUAAAAGUUUCCCAGAUACUCGUAAUUGUGUACCGGCAAUACAUGAAUAAAACGAUGAUAUUGGCUCACGGAAUAUUUUGUAAAUACAUUGCAUUUUAACAUCUGCUUCGUGUGUACAAGGCUCUGGGUAAUAUAAAGAAUAACUUUGCAGAUGGGGCUUAGAUUGAUAAGUCGUAGUUUUCGUAUCUUCACUGGUAAAAUUAAAAGAAUGGAGUUCCCGGAGCCACCUGCGAAAGCGGCCCUGUGUUGCCCCAUAGAGUCGGUGGAAGGAGCCCCACCGACCUAUGCAAUGUACGAGGCCCUGAAGGAUUCAUGCCAGAACAAUGCUACCUACUUUCAACCAGAUGACAGUGAGAAUGGCCAGCGUUUAUACCAGGGAUUCAUGACCUUAAUAGACCACAUUGAUACAGUGUGGCCGCUCGUCGACCAUGUCCGUAAGGUAGCGCCGCUAUACGACUUCGAUGCAAAAUCGCCUGGCAACGGAUAUCGUAGCUUCGUGUCGGUUGUGGACUCCUGCGUGCUACACGGGCUCAAACUGAGUCGGCAAGUUUGUACGGGACGAGACGCUCUGCUCUUUCGAAAAGGAUAUUUUGUCAAGGAAGUAGAGUCAUGCGGUCAGCUGCUAGCGUCCCUGGGCACGUGCCUGCAUCACCUGCAGACGCUGCUGUCGUGGGCGCCGCCCGGAGAGCUGUUCCCGUCCGAGGGACACUCGCCAGAGGAACUGUUCUCGCAAGCGGAUAAUAUCAAUCAGUAUUGCUUUUAUGGGAGGUGUCUUGGGUUUCAGUUUCUACCUACAAUGCGGGGUAUACUUAAAGGUAUCUCCAUAUGCAUGGCCGGGUUUUCGGAGGCGUACUACAGCCACGGGAACCUUAUCAGCUCAGUUUGGACGGGGGGCCAGUAUCUGAUUGACCCGGAAAUGAGGGCACGGCGUAUUGUUAACAUAUCGCAGUCUGCUAGCAUAGAGUUCUGCAAGGCGUUUUGGUUCUUGGCAGAGAGUGAAAUAAUGAAGCGAGUGCCGAGUCUUAUGUCGUCGACAGUAGCUGUGAACAAAAUCAUCACAAUUUUACCUGAGCCGCUAGUAGUUAAUACUGUGGAGGGCACGGAGUUGACGGUGCUUCCACCGACCGUGCACAUCGGCCUGCAGGGGCUCAAUGUUCGACUGAUCAGCGUUAACAAACGAGUGGGCAUGUCAGGUGAAGGAUCCUCAUCAUUACCAGCAUCAGACGGCAUUCUAUUCCAUUGCCACGGAGGUGGCUUCGUGGCCCAAAGCUCAAAGUCCCAUGAAACCUACCUAAGGGACUGGGCUGCCAAGCUCGGCAUGCCCAUACUAUCAGUGGACUACAGUUUAGCCCCUCAAGCCCCGUUUCCGAGGGCUUUAGAAGAAGUUUUCUAUGCGUACUGUUGGAUGAUUAACCAUUUUAAGGAAAUCGGUACUACGGGUAAAAGAAUAGUUUUCGCCGGAGAUUCGGCAGGUGCCAACUUAAUAGCGGGGUGCACACUCAAGAUAUUAGGCGCCGGCUUGAGACCGCCCGAUGGGUUGUUUAUGGCGUAUGCGCCAUUACUGGUCAGUUUUAUACCGAGCCCCGCAAGGUUACUAUGCUUGAUGGACCCCAUACUACCUUUUGGCUUUAUGAUGAGGUGUCUUAAAGCAUACGCAAGUCCAAACGCAAAGGGUGGCAAAGAAGAUAAACGCUCAAAUAAGGAACUUACUUCAUCAAAUGCUACAACGCCCAUCGAAGGAAAUGGCUUCCUCAAAGUUAGCCCAUCGCAAGAAGGUAUAAGCGAAGGGCCAUCGUCGUUCGAGGAGGUGUCACCCUCAGACCUCGCGGAGCUACAAGCGCACAAGUCGGGAAGCGAACGGAGGAAAUCCUCCGACACCACCAUUAGCGCUGCAUCGCUACAGAGUGAACACACUGCUACCGGUAUAACGCCAACGGAGGACAAGUCCCAACAGUACGUAUCAGAUUUCCUAGAGCGGUACGUUUUCGACAGCGAUACGGAUUCCGAGGGGCGUCGGUACCCAAUCGUUAAGCCACAAAUACAAGACCUCUCCCACAGAGAACCGGAGUCGGAGAAUUCAAGCACAUUAGUUGGAGAACCACCCUUAAUACAAGACCCAGAACAUAAAGACAAGAAGAAGAUUAAAAACCGUAUAAGCGAAGCGGCCACUGGUAUAAUGGGAGCGAUGUCGUCUCGACUAGCGUAUAUAACGGGUUCAAAUAACAUUAGACCCACGCAAGAAGAGUUGGCGGUGCGGAGUAACCUCGACUCGCUGAUAGCGCGGAGUCCGUCCGAUGAGUUCAUAUUCUCCGUGCCCAAAGAUCCGCUACUGUCACCAUACUGGGCGGACGAAGAGUUGCUCAAGAAAUUCCCUCCAGUUAGAAUAUUGACGGUCCACCUGGACCCGUGCCUGGACGACUGCGUGAUGUUCGCGCGGAAGCUGAAAGGCCUUGGCAAUGAAGUCGGUAUCGACGUGCUAGAGGGCUUGCCGCACGGGUUCCUAAACUUUUCUCUGAUGGCCAAAGAAGCGAACGAGGGCUCAAAACUUUGUAUAGAACGUAUAAAACAAUUGCUCGACUUAGAAAACCACGCGACCACCCCCGAGAAUAAUCACUUAUGAAUGUGCGGCCUCUGCGGUAUUACUAGGUCUUAGGCCUUACAGUGUGCCUAAUUACACAGACGCUAAAGUAGGCCUAGCGCAGACGAUCGAAUAUAAAGAUUCGUCCGACAAAAGUCGGUUAAAAUCUAAAUACAUAAAAGGAAAGGCUGACUGAUUUAUCAAGGCAUAGCUCAAACUACUGGACGAAUCGGGCUGAAAUUUGGCAUGCAGAUAGCUAUUAUGACGUCGACAUCAGCUGAGAAUUUGGAAAAUUUUACCCCUAAGGGGGUAAAAUAGGGGUUUGAAAUUUGUGCCGUCCACGCGGACGAAGUCGCAGGCCAAGCUAGUCGUAUUUAAAACUUUUAUGACUAAGGCAACAGACCAAGAAACUUACUUAGGUAUAGUGAUGUAUCAGUAUGAUUACAGUGCAAAAAGAAGUUGGUUAAAUAGUUCAAAAAAAAUCUUUAAGCUAUAGAAAGUCUGCGAUAAAGUGCUACAAAAAUCGCGGACUCACGCCAAUGACCUUCGAUUAUUGUAGACGGUGUAUCGUCAAAGUGUACUUACAUAAGCGUUGAUUCAGACGAAAAUCGAAUAACAAUCGUCAUCAAUAAAAGUUGCCUGUAAUUUUAUCAGGCAAAAAACGGUUGUCUGCGUUAGACCUUAGGAAGCAAAGAUAAAUAAUAUUAAUCCUAUUGAUAAUGUUUAGCGCAAUUUAAAAAAAAUAGUCAAUGUUCUUAAUUUUUCGUGGAAGAGUUUUUAAGCGUGUUUUUAUUUCUAAGGCUGUAUGAAUCCAUUGUUUUGUAACCUCCAUUAAUAACCUUGUGUAACGUUAAAUUUGUAGAAUAA